AUGACUGGUUUCCAAGUCUUUACCGAAUGCGGGUUCGCUCCUAGAGAAAUUCCGAGAUACCUAACAGGUAAAACAGCUUGCUUGUACUCUAGGAGGCCACACACCUGCUCCACCCACUCCUGUUCACAGUUAAUUGAGAUCAGAUUCGACUUAUCAAAGUUGAUGCUCAACUCGACAUUAGCUCAAGACAGUGCAACAACCUCUUAUAAUUCACAAUUGUCUGUCUCCGGAAGACAAAACAAGAUAGAGUCAUCCAGUAAUCUUGGCCCCUUAAAUGGCGGUGAUUGGAAGCGUGAGAGUGGAAUAUGCAAAAUGCAAUCAAGGCGAAUAUCAGAGGUGUUGAGCCUGUCGGAAAACGAGCACACUGCUAGUUGCUCAUUCCUCAACAAGAGUGGUGAGCGGAAACAACAUGAUUCAGCCUCAGCACUCCAACAAUUUCUUGAUCGCGUACCCGUUGGCUCUAUAUCCGGCAUAACAGAUUCACAUGUUUUGGAAGUGAAAGCUGAAAACACUCUAAAAGACGCGAUUCAUAUGCUGUACGAAAAGGACGUGUUGGGUGCAGUCAUUGUGGAUGAUCAUGUAUUACAAUCAGAGGGCUGCUCUACCAUGAGAUUCUCUGAUCGCUUCAUCGGUUUCAUUGAUUUCCCAAGCAUGGUUCUCUGGUGUCUCCGGGAAUACGACAAGAAGAUGAUGGAAAAUCCCACGCAAAAGGAUAUAAAGAGCGGUGGGUUUUUCUCCAUCAUUCUAGAGCAAAUUCAUGAGAUUGGUCAAACCAAGAUUGGCGAGUUGGCCAAGUCAUUCCUAUGGAAACCAUAUUUCCCAGUGCGCAUGGAUGACUCCGUUAUGCACGCGCUGCUGCUUCUUUCGAAACAUCGCCUCCAUGUUUUACCAGUCAUUCAGCAAAAGCAUUUUGAUCCUACACUCAUCGCUCUUGUUACACAGAAUGCUCUAGUCCAAUUUCUUCUUCAAUCGAGUGGACUACAGUGGUUCGAUAGCAUUGCAGAUAACAAGUUUUCAGAUUUGCGAGUUGAAGAUCAAGAACCUCCUAUUUGUGUAUAUGGGAACCAAACUGUUGCAGAUGCUUUCAAGUUGCUAUGGGAGAACCAUAAUACUUGUGCAGUUGCAGUUGUAGAUCAACAAACUAAGAAGAUUAUGGGUAAUGUGAGGAACAGUGACGUUUAUCAUCUCCUGAAGAGUGAUGAAAUCCUCAAAAAUAGAACGGUUUUAACUUUGAAAGAAUUCAUUCACAUGGAGAGUGAAGCAAGAAUGGAACCAGCAGUAACCAACAGGGAAAACGAAACAAUGAAGCAAAUAAUGGAGCACAUGAUUGAGAGGAACAGCAGUUUCAGCUUUCUCGUGAAUGAGAAGGAACAAGUCGCAGGUUUAGUGACGCUGAGAGACAUUAUUUUGCAGUUUGCACCACCGUGCGUGGAUUCUAGCAUUGGUGGAGGUGGUUUCUUCGAAUUGGCGUUGGAACAGAGUGGUUGUUGUGUUAAAAAUGGAACUAUUGUUCCUAAUUCAAGUAAUACUAAUUGACGACGCAAUAUGCCAAUAAUGCCCCCACUUGCCUCCCUCGCCAAACGGAACCUUUUUUUUAUGAGCAAUGCUAAGGGGCCAGCAAUUUUUGUGAUUGUUAGCCAUCAAUUAGCCAUCAAUGAUGAUUUGAUGGUGUGAGAUUGGUGUGAGAUUGGUGUGAGAUUUCAUCCAAUGGCUCACCUUCCUCUGCUGGUUACAUGCUGGCCAAAAUUCAACAAAACUGCUGGUCUUCUAGACUUUUCCUUUUUUUAUUAUUGUA